GAAUUAGUCGAACUCGAUAAGUCACUCAUCAUAUUGAUAGACUGAAAUAAUUUCCUUUAUGAGGUAAGCGAUAUCACAUCUUGAGUUAUCGAUGAUCACUAUUGAUUUUCGUUUUUCUCAACAAUUCCGACAUGAAAUUCGAGUAUCACACGUGACAUUUAGUCACAUGAUAUCAUCACCUCCAUGAUAACAUGGAUCCUAAGGGCUCUGAUCAGGCAAGUUACUAUGAUGACGACAGUAGAACACAAUGAAGAUGACAAUCAGAGAUGAGGAAACGGCGAAGAGGAUUAAUACAUUUGCAAUCAUAAUGCUACAAUGGCUUUUGAAAUGGCAAUAUCAAUGCAUUGACUUCCGAAACAAGGAUUUCCCUUUCAAAGCCGAGCGUCAUGUUCACCGUGUAUCAUGUUGCUUGUACAACAGCAUGAAACUUCAUUUCAUCUUUUCUAUCACAAAAAAAAGAAAGAAAAAAAAACAUACAGACCAAGUUGCUUCAUUCUUUCUUUCCGAACAUUUUGCUUCCUUUCUAUAAUUCAUCUCUGGCAAGUGAAUUGAGAUUCAAAAGAUGGACAACCAAGUAUAUUAUGAACUCCCAGCGGAGCCCGUAAAAAUUUCAGCCAAGCCUCAGACUCAGUCACAACAACAACAACAACAAUCUCCUUCGUUACCUCCCAGGAAUCCUCCUGCUCCAUCAGUUGAAGAUGAAGAAUCCACAAUCCGAGGUGUUCCUGGGGAUAAUCUGACUGCUACACCUCUACCAUUAUUCGUACGAAGAUCUAAAUCAAAUCUUUUAAGUCAAUCUUCAGAAAAUGCCACGACUAAUACCACGUCAACAACUCCUCCUGAUCGGCCCAACAUUUCCACAACAGAAUCCUAUGAAACCAACACUUCCGAUAACUCGCCACCCCUUCCAGGUAAAAGACCGAACCUGAACAUUCAUACCGGCCCAUCACUUCCACCCCGAAGAAUCUCUCAGUACAAUCCGGAUGAAAUACACUUUACUCGAGAUUCCCACCGAGUAAUCGCAUAUCUCAUACCACUUCCUAAACCCAUAAAUGUUUCGGAUGGUGACUUUCCUCAAGUUUGUCGCUAUUUUAAUCCCACAUCAGCAUUCCACUAAUAAUCACCAGCGAUAUCUAAUGUAUACACCACCUGCAGCUCAUCUUCUCAAGCCAGCUGAAGGAAUUAAAGAAGGAAAGCGUCAUAAGGGAAAACGGAUUUGGCAGCGCGAAGUAAGUGAACCUCACUUCGCGGAACCAUUCGUGACCACAUGACAAUAGCUAACCAUACUCUAAUUUUAAGGUCAAAAAAGCCAAAACUUAUGAUGGUAAAACCAUGAGUUUCAAGGGCCUCCAUAGUAAAACCACUCGAGGUGUGCUUUGGGGAAUUAACUCCAUCAAAAAUACAGACAUAACAUUUCUUAAUCGAGUUCCUCGAAAAGGUACUUCCUAGUCAUUCCACCUUCGUCUAGAUUCUAAACUAAUCUUCCUCUCAGAAAUCGAAGAACUUCACAUCGUCUACCCGUUAAGCAUCCCCCAUUCCCCAGUUGACCUCCGCAGCCAACUCCUCUCCCAACUAGCCCGCACCAAAACGCGCGCAAAAAGACACGCCGCAAUAUCUACCCUCCUCCUCCUCCCCACCCUCCUAAUUGACACCUUCGCCGCCGUCAUCUGGCCCUUCGGCGGUCUCUUCGAAGUAGAUGCCAUAUGGGCCUUCACCUCUAUCCGCGGCUACCUCGUAUCGCGCUCCAUCAUCCAACGACUAAAACCUCAAGACACUCUUCACGAGGCCUUAGAAACACGCACCCAAGAUCGAGAACUCUACCUCCGGUUUCAAAAAAGCGAGCAACUAAGCAUCCUAGAGAGAUAUGUCGAAGAAUUAUGCCAUAAGUGUAAUCCGGCACGAUUCGAGAGUGCGGGGGUCCCGCCGACGGAUUCGCAGGUUUUGAAAGCGAUGGGUUGGGAACCGGAUUUGAGGGGACGGGUUAAGAGUGGUGAGAGGGGUGGGAUGCCGGAGGGUGGGGUCAGGGAUUGGGAUGAUGAGAGGUGGCAGGAACGGGAGAUGAGGGAGGAUUUAUUGGGGGUUUUGGGGAAGGGAGCGAAGAGUUGGGAUGCUUGGUGUAAGAAGUGGGAGAAAAAUCCGAAGAGGGCGGAGAAGAAGUAAGUUGGGCUUAUAGCGAGUGUUCAGCGGAUGGAUUAUAACGGGAUGUAGUAUAAUUCUAUAUCUGAUUGUAUAACAGUGUGAAAGUUAAAUAUAGUAUCAAGAGUAAUAAAUCUA